AAAAUAUAAAUUAUCUUAUUUUUGAGGUUAUAGAUAAAAUAUUACUAAAUUACUAUUUUUUUCAACAUACGGUAGUUUUUUAAAACACCCGUGUGGCAACUGGAAAGCAGAAACACUGUAAAAGUGGUAAUUUUCGUAGCGUAUUGCUGUCCGUCAUCAAUAACUCGCGUAAUUCGGGCGUGUGCUCCUUUUACGCAUUUAUUGAAAGAAACUAACCGUUUUACAUCGCCGCCGACGUACACGAGCGUUCGCGCUGUCGUUUGCCGCUCAAAGACUGUCAUGAUAUCGUCCUUUCCACCACACCCUUGGGUAUCGUGAAUCGUAGUCGUGAACUGUUGCGUGUUUAUUGCCGACGGCAGCGUUUGAGGCUGUUGUACGGGUUGGAUUACGUUAAUCUGUGUACGGUGUAGUGUUAUGUGUAUAAGUUAGCGGUUGCAUAGUUGUGUUGGAGAGCGCGGGACACAUUGAUGGGCAGAGUCGUGUGCGGCUGGCAGGCGGCAGACGAGCCGCAGCGGCGGGUGUUUGCUUCCUGGAGGGUCUACGAUAAAAUCAGCCACACUGGAACUGAUGGAAUUAGAGAAUAUCGUCGCGAACACUGUUUAUUUGAAAGCCAGAGAGGGAGGUUCCGAUAGCAAUAAGGGCAAAAGUAAGAAGUGGCGGAAGAUCCUCCAGUUUCCUCACAUAUCACAAUGUUUAGAUAUAAAAACAAAAAUAGAUGUAGGUUACGACUACGUAGUAGAUCAGCAGCCGAUAGGCAAGCUGCUAUUCAGGCAGUUCUGCGAGAGGAACAGGCCUCAGUAUCACAAGUACAAUAACUUUCUAGAUGCGUUUUGCUUGCAGACAGACAGGUAUGAGGUGGAAGUGGACGAGACGCGUGCGAUGCUCGCGGCCGAGGUGUUCGGCAGGUACCUGAAGACUGAUGACUGCGAGGCUGUCACCGAUGUCGUCAGCCGACAGGUCAUCGAUGAAGCCAGCGCUACUAUUGAUGCCGGCGCUAAAGACAUAUUCAUAGAAUGCGUGCGAUGCGUGAAGAGUUUCCUAGCGGGCGCUCCGUUCGCGGAGUUCGAGCGUUCCAUGUACUUCCACCGCUACCUGCAGUGGAAGUGGCUGGAGGCGCAGCCGGUCACGCAGCACACCUUCAGGAUGUACCGGGUCCUCGGCAAGGGAGGCUUCGGAGAGGUCUGCGCUUGUCAGGUCCGAGCGACAGGCAAGAUGUACGCUUGCAAGAAGUUGGAGAAGAAACGCAUAAAGAAACGCAAGGGGGAGGCCAUGGUGCUGAUUGAGAAGCAGAUCCUCCAGCGAAUCAACUCGCGUUUCGUCGUCAACCUCGCGUACGCGUACGAAACAAAGGACGCGCUGUGUUUAGUACUCACUAUUAUGAAUGGAGGCGACCUGAAGUUCCACAUCUACAACAUGUGCGGCGCGGACACGGGGCUGGGCCUGGAGCGCGCGCGCUUCUACGCCGCGCAGGUCGCGUGCGGCCUCGAGCAUCUACACAAGAUGGGCAUCGUCUACAGGGAUUGUAAGCCGGAGAACAUAUUGCUGGACGACGCGGGCCACGUGCGUAUCUCGGACCUCGGGCUGGCCGUGGAUGUGCCCGAGGGGGGCAGUGUCAGGGGCCGCGUCGGGACUGUCGGGUACAUGGCACCCGAGGUGAUAGACAACGAGAGGUAUACGUUCAGCCCGGACUGGUUCUCGUUCGGCUGCCUGGUGUACGAGAUGAUCGAGGGCCGCGCCCCCUUCCGCGCGCGCAAGGAGAAGGUCAAGCGGGAGGAGGUCGAUAGGAGGGUUAAACACGAGCAAGAGAAGUACUCGUCGAAGUUCAGCGAGUGCGCGCGCGCGCUGUGCGGGGCGCUGCUGAGCAAGGCGGCGGGCGCGCGGCUGGGCUGCGGCGCGGGCUGCGGCGCGGGCCGCCGCGGGGCCGCCGCCGUCAAGGCGCACCGCUUCUUCGCGCACCUCAACUGGGCGCGCCUCGAGGCCGGCAUGGUCGACGCGCCCUUCGUGCCCGACCCACACGCGGUAUACGCAAAAGACGUGCUGGACAUAGAGCAGUUCAGUACGGUGAAGGGAGUCAACCUCGACGCCGCGGACGACACCUUCUACGGCAAGUUCAACACCGGCUCCGUCAGCAUCCCCUGGCAGACUGAGAUGAUUGAAACUGGAUGCUUCACUGAACUCAAUGUCUUUUCUAGAGGGGAAGACGGCAAGGAGUGUGCUACAGUAGACCUGCAGCUAGUCCCGGCGACCACGACGCCCGAGGAGGAGAAGGGAUGCUUCCUAUUUGCCAGAAGGGUACUAUGUCCACAAAAGAAAGUAUCAGCGCGUCUCCGCGCGGUGCCGGUCCCGGAGCACCUGUUACUGCCGUCGUCGCCCGCGCCGGCCGGCGUGACGCCCCCCGCGCCGCCGGGUGUGACAUGCCCGGCCCCGGAGGAGCCCCCCCCGGUGGCGCCGCCGGCGGCCCUGAGCUGACCGCCCGCAGUACGCAGCCCGUAGACGACGCCGGACAUGGCGGUGCACUGCAGAACACGUGAUAACUUCACGUACAAGUAAGCACAAAUAUUACCUAAACGCUAAACCCCGAUUAGAAGAGUCUUACCACAGUUUGAGACACCUAGAGCAUGGAUUGCGUAUGAGUAACGCGACCCCGUGCUGACACCAAUGAAGAUACAAAGAUAUAGAAUUAUCAUAGAAACAAAUAAAUAACAAGAAUAGCUAAUUUAACAAAUUGACGUGACAUACAUCGUCUCGACAAAUCUUAUCGUCCACUUAAUUCAAAGACAUUAUUGUAUGCAAUAUUUUGUUCCUGACGUAAUUUUAAUUUUAAAAUGUCGUGACACACUUAAUUAAUAUUUAAGUUGUUUUAAUAACGACUGCCUUAUGGCGUAACUAUAUAACGUAAUGUAGCGUCAAUUGUGUAGGAAUUAAUUUGACUUGGCGAUACGCUACCGUGCACCUUUUAAAGACAAAGUAAAAUACUAGCCGAAUAUGGUAAUUUUAAGCUUAGCUAGUUUUGAAAAGGCAAUGAAUUAUGUGAAAAUAAACUUUAUACUUAGGUAAAGAGAGGUGAAAAUGGGAUAACAUGUUUCAAUCAACUUCUACAUUCUACCUUCAUGCCCUAUUGUCAAAUAAUUGUAUGUGAGAACUUAUGUUUAAAUUAAAUUGGAACCUGUAUACAUAGUAAUAUGAUGCAUUAUUCGUUGUACCUGUCGGUUAGUGUUUUAUCUUCGAAUUUUAUAUUAUGUGACGUAUAAUUUGAAUGUUGUUUUUGUAUCUAUUUUUUUGUUUCUAAAAUCUCCUGUAACUUUAGGUAAGUUUGGAAAGUUGCACGCAAGUCACAUUUUUAUCAUUAAAACAGAGCACAAUGAGGGUUUCUUUAGAUAGAAUUUUUGAAAGAAUGUAAGGCUAUGCCCAGACCUUACAGACACAAAGAAGUAUUAUACUAUUAAAUCCAAGAUUUUAUUAACUUUACAGCGAAUAUCAGAGCAAUUAUACCUUAUUUUUAAUUAUGCUGAGUCUCUUAUGAUUAGGCAUAAGUGCUUUAGACUUUAGCUCUUCUAAUUUCCCUUUCAUUAACAUAUUAUUUUGAAAUAACAUAUAGAUACAAAAACAGCAUUCAUUAAAAUCCUGUAAUAUUAUAAUCAUACGUAAAAAACAUGUUAUUGUGACCUGUUAAAAAAUCAUGAACAAUUUAGUUUAAGUUCAUUUUUUACGCUGGCAAUUGUAAGGUUUGCUGUGAUGAAUUUUUUAUCUAUGAUUUGUAGGGAUGUGAGACAGUAUUGUCUUUGGAUUGGAUAUUAUUUAAGUGAGAAUAACUUACAAUUGCUAACGUUUUUAUUAAAGGGUAUAUUUACAAUAUUUUGACUUAGCUGAGUGUAAAACAGAAAGCUCUAAUUUGUGUUUUACAUCAGAAAAGAUUUUUCUCUGCUGACCAAAGGCGUUUCCGCACACGGAGAAGGUUUGAGCAUUAAUGAGCACAAUUUCUCAAUGCCGGCUAGCGAUUUCAAACUUAGAGAUUAUAGCCCAGGUUUCCUCACGAUGUUUUCUUUCAUCGUUUGUCAGUGGUGUUUAA